CCUAAUGAUUUGGGAGAAUCUCCUUUUUCUGUUUUGACUCUGCAAUUAAUCCAAAGAUUCUAAUAUUCUCUAAUUAAUCGGCCCCUGAUGAUAUCGACCGUUUUCUUUGACGAGAUUUUAUAAUUAAACUCGCCUGAGUUUUGUUUUUGGUCUUUUAAAAGAGAUACAAUGUAUUUCAAUAGUUUUCAGAUUCUGAAAAAAGUUUUUAGAUUCUGAGAAAGUUUAGGAAGAGUAGAAAGCCACCUAGUACUAUAUAUAAUGCUAUUAGGUUGUGCUUCCUCUGCAAUAUUCUGCCCUAAAAAUUCGGUUAAACUUCAAGCUCAAACUUCUCCAAACACAGUUCGUUGUAUAAUGGAGGGUGAUGAAUCCAAACAAAAUUUCGGUUUUCUUAGCAAGAAACCUUAUGAUCCUCCUUCCUGGGCUCUUCAUCUCAACCCACUCCCUUCUCAUGUCUACUCUCUUGCUCAUACCCCUACUCCUAUCCACAGAUGGAAUCUUCCCAAUCUGCCGAAAGAUGUUGAAGUAUGGAUAAAGAGAGACGAUCUUUCGGGAAUGCAGUUGAGUGGUAACAAAGUCAGGAAGCUGGAAUUCUUAAUGGCAGAUGCCGUAGCACAGGGUGCAGACUGCAUUAUAACCAUUGGAGGCAUACAAAGUAAUCACUGUCGUGCGACUGCUGUGGCUGCUAGGUAUUUGAAUCUUGAUUGCCAUCUUAUACUCCGUACCUCUCAGGCUAUAGUGGACAAGGAUCCUGGAUUGGUUGGAAACCUUCUUGUUGAACGUUUAGUUGGAGCCAAUGUUGAACUUGUCUCAAAGGAAGAAUAUUCCAGAAUUGGAAGUGUGGCUCUUACUGAAUUGCUCAAGGAGAGAUUGAUAAAUGAAGGGAGGAGGCCUUAUGUAAUUCCAGUUGGUGGAUCCAACUCCCUGGGAACCUGGGCCUAUAUCGAAGCAGUUAGGGAGAUCGAAGAUCAACUUCAUAUUGGUCAGGGGAAAAUGAAAUUCGACGACAUUGUUGUUGCUUGUGGCAGUGGGGGUACUACCACUGGUCUGUCAUUGGGAUCUAUGUUGAGUACUUUGAAGGCAAAAAUUCAUUCUUUUGCUGUUUGUGACACCCCAAGUUACUUCUACGACAAUGUUCAAAGCCAUCUUGAUGGACUGGAUGCUGGAGUUAACUCACGCGAUAUAGUCAACAUUCAAGAUGCCAAAGGCUUGGGUUAUGCCAUAAGCACCUCCGAGGAGCUUACUCUUAUCAAAGAAAUUGCUGCCGCAACAGGGGUUAUCCUUGAUCCGGUUUACAGCGGGAAGGCUGUUAUUCUUAUGUUAAAGAACAUUGCUGAGAAUCCAGGAAAGUGGGAAGGGAGAAAGAUUCUGUUUAUACACACAGGCGGGCUCCUUGGUUUGUAUGAUAAAGCAGAACAAAUGGUGCAGACUAUGGGGAAUUGGCGUCAAAUGGCUAUUGGUGAAAGUGUUCCUCGCACAGAUGGUAUUGGGAAAAUGUUCUAAUAAGAGAAACACAGAAAGCAACAAGCAACUUAGGACAGACUUUCCUUGAAUAAAACCCCUCAUUGAUGAGUGAUAGUGAUAGUUGGCCUAAAUAUGAUUUAUUCUUAUCGAACAAGUGCGAAUAAGGUUUUGAACGUUUUAGGUAGUGAGUUGCCCAUUGUUGAAUGUUUGUAAUACUUUUCUUUGGGGGCAGUACAUUCGAUUCUGCCGUAAAGAGUUCACCUUCUUCAUUUACUGAUAUUUUUUGACACAUUCAUUUACUGA